AUGGGUCAUCACCUUCGGAUCUAUAUCAGGCAUAUCGCUGCCAUCCAAGCAAAUAGAUUAUCGACUCCUCGAGCCGAGGCCUCUUCGCCAUAUGCAGCUCCACCGAUCCAAACGAUCCUCCGGUUAUCAUAUGAAUUUCACCUCGUAGGGGACGAUCUUUUGCUAUCGCCUAUCCCUCUGCCUGUGGUUGCACUGGUGCUGGUUGAGAUUGAGGCUAAGGGGGCUGGCAUUGUCGCUACUGAAGCACAGGACGUCUCUGCUGCUGCUGUCCGAUCCUUGGAGGAUAUAAGUGUGGAGGACCUUGCAGAUUAUACGGAGUAUCUUGUAUCAUGGUACAGUGAGGAUUCAUCCUCUCAGCCCUUCCUUGACCUCGAGGGAUGGCUCAAAGCCAUCGAAGCGAACCAAGACGGUUUUAGUGAGCUGAACAAAGGGCUUAAGGCAGGGCACUUGAAAAACCAAAAGUUUUUUGGUCCUACUGUUACAAUUGCUGCAAGGGGGCAGAGCCUCUCUUCAAUCGGGAACGAUGAUUCCAUUGUAAUACAAGAUAAGGAACAAUACAACCGUGCUGACUUCCAUGAGAAAUACACCGAUGCAAAGUUCUUCAUCAUUAAAUCAUAUAGUGAGGAUGAUAGUCAUAAGAGCAUCAAAUACAACGUCUGGGCAAGCACCCCCAAUGGAAACAAGAAGCUGGAUGCUGGAUACCAGGAAGCUCAGCAGAAAGCAAGUGGACGCCCUGUCUUUUUGUUUUUCUCAGUCAACACCAGUGGGCAAUUUGUUGGGGUUGCGGAAAUGGUGGGUCCGGUUGAUCUUGACAAGACUGUGGAGUACUGGCAGCAAGACAAGUGGAAUGGUUGCUUCCAUGUCAAGUGGCACAUUGUCAAGGAUGUACCUAACAGCGUUCUCAAGCACAUCACAUUAGAGAACAAUGAUAACAAGCCAGUGACAAACAGUCGAGAUACUCAAGAGGUAAAACUGGAACAGGUUCUUCAAAUGCUCAAGAUUUUUAAGGAGCAUGUGAGCAAGACAUCCAUUUUGGAUGAUUUCAUGUUCUAUGAGAACCGCCAGAAAUUGAUGCAAGAGAAAAAGGCCAAGCAACAGCUUCAGAAACAGGCCUGGGAUGGAAAAACUUCUGAUGCUGUUGUUGGGGAGACAGAGAAGGAUGCUGCUAAUGGAAAGCCCAGAUUGCAGAAACCUUUGGAAUCUGUUACAAUUUUGAACCAGGAUGUGCAGCAGGGUGGCCUUGAAGAACUAAAGCCAUCCGAGGAAAAUGGUGUGGCUGUAGCAGCUGGUGAUGCCUUGAAGACAGCUAAACCAGCAACAGAGAAGAGAGCAAUUGCGAAUGGUUCUGCAGGUGGAUGUUAGGGUGUUAACCCCUAGUUUGUCAGCCGUAGCCAAUGAACCGUCUAGAAGUGGCUUCAGAAUACCUUUUUGUUGGCUCAAAUAAAUGUCAUCAUACCUGGGCAUCCGAAGCCUAGAUUUGCAAGGCUGCAGGGGAUUUUACGUGUGGGGUGCUGAGAUCUUUUGCAACAAAAGUCUUCAUAGCCGCUUGAGUGUGAUAAGGCAGUUGGUUUUCUCAAUGCCUUGAGUACUGAGUUGGGUUGCCGUUUCCACAUCUGGACUGUUCUUAGGUUUAGGAAUAUUGGGGUUUUAUAGCGUUGAGUAGAGUGUACUGAGGAGUUUUUCACUACCAAUUUUAGUUUUGGGGUUUGGAUUAGAUUGUCUUUUACACUUGAAAUUGUCUUUCCUUUUAUGAAGUCUUUCCUUCUGUAAAUCUUUGUACCUCUAAGAAUAAGAAUCAUGUUAGAGUAUUGCAAUGGAGGAGUUUGAGGAGAGCU